UGGAUAGUGUCAUCUCAUUUUUUUCAGUUCGGCUACCAUUUACACCUCUGACCUGAGUCUGAGGAGUAGACACCAUAUAUUCUACAGAUAAGGCAUAAAUGUACUUGCAUAUUAGCUGUAUUGCACAUUUGAGGUUAUUGUGUCACUUUGCAACUGUACUACCAGAACCCUCACCCCCCUCCGAGCCGCCCCAAGCUGAGCUUACCGAGCCGACCCAAGCUGAACUAACAGAGCCGCCCCAAGCUGAGCUAACAGAGCCUGCCCCACCUGAGCUUACCGAGCCACCCCAAGCUGAGCUAACAGAGCCUUCCCCACCUGAGCUUACCGAGCCGGCCCCAGCUGAGCUAACAGAGCCUGCCCCACCUGAGCUUACCGAGCCGGCCCCGGCUGAGCUUACCGAGUCGGCCCCGGCUGAGCUCACCGAGUCGGCCCCGGCUGAGCUCACCGAGUCGGCCCCGGCUGAGCUCACCGAGUCGGCCCCGGCUGAGCUCACCGAGUCGGCCCCGGCUGAGCUCACCGAGCCGGCCCCGGCUGAGCUCACAGAGCCGGCCCCAGCAUCUGUUGAGGAGAGUGAACCCGCAGCAGCAGCAGCAGCAGCAGCAGAAAGCCCCGCAGCAGAACCAUCUGAGCCUCAGCUUGAAGUUGUGGCAGAGAGUGGUAAGACCCGGUUGGAGCGGGGAAGCGGGCAGACACCGAUACGGUUUCCCAUCCUGAUAACGUUAAUGUUAAUUUUAACUGCCUUUUCUCCUCUUGAUUUAUUUUUAAACAUUUUUUCUCUCAUUACAGCUAUUCAUCCCUGCCUGUUUUUUGUCUUUUCUCACAGUGUUUGGGUUCUUGUUGUGAUAAUGAUAAUGAUAACGGUUAAUCGCUCUCACAAACAUUUUAUUUCCUUUAUUUUACCAGGUCCAUUUCACUCUUACCCCUUUCAGGUGUAUUUGUGUAAGUCAUGGGUGCUGAUGAACUGAAUAAAUCCAUGAUCACGCUCUGACUGUGUCUCUUUUCUGCUUUUGCUUUUCUCUCUUUUUUUUCUUUCUUUCUUUCACUCUCUCUCCUGUGCUUGCUGUCGCUCUCUCAUACAAA